AUGUCUAAGCUCCCCGAUUUCGAUGACUUGCCCAAGGUCGAGGGCAUGCCGCAAGGCUGCGCCUGGGGCGUCUGGGACAAAGGCGGCAAGAAAGACGUCUACGGCACGCUGAACCUGCUCACGCCCGAAGUGGUGCAAGCCGCGUACAAGGAGCUGCGCGACGGCGUCUCCGUCUCGCUCAACUGGCCCAUCGGCGCCAUUGAAACGCCCGGCUUCGGACGCAAAGGCCUCGUCCACAAGGUCAUCAAUUUCCAGGACACGCCGCUGGCUUGCCACGGGUACGAUGACGAGGUCGAGUUCAACACGCAGUGCAGCUCCCAGUGGGACUCGCUGUGCCAUUUCCACCACCAGGCGUCCGCCAAGGGGUACAACGGCGUGCAGACGAACGUCGAGGCGCUGACGCAGAAGUACGGGCAGGAGGACAAGGAGGCCAAACUGCCCACUUUGGACCACUGGCAUCGCCGCGGCGGCCUGGUGGCGCGCGGCGUCUUCCUCGACUACAAGCUGUACGCCGACGAGAACGGGAUUUCGUACAGCCCGUUCGACUCGCACCGCAUCUCCAUCGACGUGCUGGAGAAGGUGGCGAAGAAGCAGGGCGUCGACUUCCGCCCGGGCGACGUGCUCAUCAUCCGCUCCGGCUUCACGGAAGGCCUGACGGGCCAGGCGCCGGAGAAGCAGCAGGAGCUCCUCGGCACGCACAAGACGUGCGGCGUCGAGGGCACCGAGGAGUCGGCCAAGUGGUUUUGGAACAAGCACUUUGCCGCCGUGGCGGGCGAUGCGAUUGCUUUCGAGGCCAUUCCGCCUAUUGUCAAUGGGAAGGAGGCUGGGGUUGCUGAGCUUGUGCUGCACCAGUACUUUUUGGCGUUGUAUGGGAUGCCCAUUGGCGAGUUGUGGGAUCUGAAGGAGCUCUCGGAUACGUGCAAGAGGCUGGGCAGGUACAGCUUUUUGCUGACUAGUGUGCCUUUGAAUGUGCCGGGUGGCAUUGGCUCGCCGCCUAAUGCCCUCGCGUUAUUCUAG